AUCUCCGAUGGGGGGGAAGUACUGUUUGUAAACAAAACAGUUCACUCCCCUGUCAGCUCCUGCACAUUGCUUUGCAUGGCUGUGCAUAACACAGCCAUGCAAAGCAGUGUGCUUACAGUGAAGCACAAACACAGCCACACAGUUACAAACGGCACAUAGCACACAGUUAACCCUUUGAUCACCCCACAUGUUAGCCCCUUCCUGCCCAGUGCCAUUAGUAAAGUGUCAGUGCUUUUUAUCAGCACUGAUUCACUGUAUUGGUGUCACUGGAGAUGUUCGUGACACCAAGUCAGUUCCCUCCAGUGUCAGAAUGGCCGCCCCAGUCCAGCUAUAA